CUGAAGUGGAAAAUGCAUCCCAAACCCAUAAAGGUUUCAGCACCAGACUGAGAAAAUGUCCCUCUGUGUGUGAAACAAUUAGUCCGGGUUACGUAUUGGAGCAACAGUUGUACAGUUGGAGUACAAGGGUGCAAUAAGCAGUCAGGUUUGGACACGUUGCGUUGCUGCUCGUGGAUCAGCUCCACGGGGAUGGAUGCAGGCGUCAGGUCGAUGCCUCUGAGCGCCAUCUCUGCGUCACUGCGCUUUAUUGACUUUUGAUCAGGAAGACUGAACUCAAAGUACGCAAACAGAAGAACCUGCCAUCAUGUCUGUCUAUUCUCUGAGCCCUUUUCCCUUCCCUGUGGUCACAUCUACUGCCAUGCCUGCCUUCAGGUCUUGGGAGAAGGCCUUGACAAGUACAGCUGCCCAGAGUGUCAGGCUGAGUACCAGGGAACCACAGCCCUUGUGAAAAGCUUUAAAAUGUGCAAUAUUGUGGAGACCUACAAAGCCACCGCUGGGAAAAAGAGCUUGACGGAUGCCUCUGAUGACAUCCCAGUUACUUCCAAGAGUAGCCACAGCUCUGUCACACAUGAAACGGACGCAAAAAACCACCACAGCAGUGCAACAGCUGGUGAGAACCAAGAGGAUGGUGCAGAAUGCAAAGAUGGCUGUAAAUCUGUCUCCACAGAGCAAGGCUCUAGUGUUGAAGCUCUAAAAGGCAGUAACAAUGGCAAAAUGGAGAUGGAUGAGCCCAAAUUCAAACUUGCAUCACAAGUCACAGAGUUGAACCUAAAGUUAGAGAUGGCAGAGAGUGUGCUGAGAGAAGAAAAGGAAUUGGAGUCUGAGGUGACCGCCUCCAACUCUCAACUGAGAGAAAAAGCCUCCAAACUUUUGGAGCAGGUAAAGGAUUUGGCGCAGAGCUACUGCACUCGGGUGGCACAGAUGAUAGAGGAAGAGUUGGGUCCAGGUGAGGCCAGCGUACGCAGUCGAGUCAGCGAGGCCUCUGAGCUUACAAAGCAACUGAGGAAGGCUGUGCUCAAAGCUGAAUCUCUGCUGAGUGAGGAGGAUGAGAGCGCGUUUAGCGAUGAGCUGCAGAGACUCCAACCGUGCAUCGUGCAGCUGCUGGCCAAGCCCGGCAGAGGAGAUGUGGACCUUGUCGAAACCAAAGUCAACCCUGCACGAGCUUGCCCCAAGCUGGAAAACAUGAACUCUGAAAUGAGGGAAACGCUUGGAGAGAUUCAGCGCUCCCUCCGGAACACACUCAACCCAUCAGAGGUGGCCUUUGACCCAGAAACCGCCCAUCCUAAUCUCCUUCUCUCAGAGGACUUGAAGACGGUGACUUACAGUGCUGUCAAACAGCCCUACCCAUCCUCCUUUCAGAGGUUUACCAACUUCUUUCAGGUUCUCAGCACCCAGAGUUUUUCGGAGGGGGAUCACAGCUGGGAGGUGGAGCUGGAGGGGUCUCCGUGGAUCAUCGGUGUGUGCUACAGUGGGAAGUUGGCCCGCAGCGGGCUGCCAUCUGCCUUAGAAAGCAGCCGGAGCUCCUGGUGUCUAAUGUGGUUCAACAACCUGCUGACGGCUUUUGAGCAGGGUCAAAGUGUUCCCCUGAAGAGGACCACAGUGUCACGCAGGCUUGAGAUCAAGCUGAGUUUCAAGACCCACAGGCUGAGCUUCUACAACAUCAGCCCCACCAGUCCAAAGACUCAUAUCUAUACCUUUAAGGCAAACCUGACUGAACCAGUGCACAUAGCCUACCGGAUGAUGUCAGGACACCCCAAAGCUCUCUUCUUAAGCGGCUCUGACACCAUGCUAGCCACAGUGACCGCUGUGGCUAGGCUUGCUCAAUACAAUGGCACCACAACACCUUCAUCUCCGGAAAACACAUCAGCAUUCCCAACAUGGCAACCUGACAGUGAAGCCAACAUCAGCAAGCCUCACAAAUGUCUCCAGGUCCUGUAUGAGGACAUUGGAGAUUCCAGGGUGCGGUUCUGGGACAUUUUUCUGCUGGUGCCUAAUGUGGCUUUCUUUGUGUUCCUGAUGUGGAAGUUGCCCUCCGCCAGGGCAAAGAUUCGACUAACCUCUAGCCCCAUUUUUGUCACCUUCUACUUGCUGGUUUUCGUUGUUGCGGCAGUUGGAAUCACCCGAGCUAUUGUGUCCAUGACAGUCAGUGCAUCCAAUGCUGCCACCAUUGUGGACAAAGUGCUGUGGGAAAUCACCCGUUUCUUCCUGCUUGCCAUUGAACUCAGCGUCAUUAUCUUUGGGCUGGCCUUUGGCCACCUUGAGAGUAAGUCCAGCAUAAAGCGUGUGCUGGCCGUUACUGCUGUGCUGGCUCUGGCAUACUCCAUCACACAGGGCACGCUGGAAAUACUGUAUCCAGACAGCCACCUGUCAGCGGAGGACUUCAACAUCUACGGUCAUGGAGGGCGGCACUUCUGGUUGGCCAGCUCCUGUUUCUUCUUCUUGGUUUACUCCUUGAUCGUGAUUCUGCCUAAAACCCCAGCAAGGGAGAGGAUAUCUCUGCCAUCUAAGAGGACUUUCUACGUGUAUGCUGCCAUCCUGUCUUUUCUGAACCUGGUUCAGGGCCUGGGCAGUGCUCUGCUGUGUGCAGGAAUCAUAGAGGGUCUCUGCUGUGUGGAUGUUACCACAUUCCUUUACUUCUCUGCCUUCGCUCCGCUCAUUUAUGUCACAUUCCUGAAGGGCUUCUUUGGUUCGGAGCCCAAGAUCCUGUUCUCUUACAAGUCCCAGGUGGACGAACCAGAUGACAGCGACGUCCACCUCCCCCCCACAGUUGCUGCUGGCCUUGGCCGAAAAGACCUGAUGGACCAGGGUCUGUACUACUCCUCCACCCAGAUCGAUGGCUCUGGUCCCCACAGCUCUCGUAUGGUUGGAGCUUACCUGGACGAUGUCGCAUCCGGACCCUAUGGUUCCAGCAGCAUCAACAGCAUUGAGGCUGACCGCUGGAGGCCUAUCAAUGUGUGAAAAGGGCAAGAGAAUACAUACAGACUUAAAAUGCUGUGCAUAUGUACUAAAUUCAAGAGAAUGGCAAUAAAAUAAGUUGUCCAAUGAGACAUUGCAGAUUCAAGCGGUGGGAAACCAAGGAAGGGUAUUCUUGGUCUUGCUUUGAUGCCAAAAUAAGUUAAUAAAUGGACACUUGAGGGGCGACCUUUGCUAACCUGUUUCAGAAGGACUGAAAUGGGUGUCGGCUUUUGUUACGUUGUUUCCAGAAUGUUCCGCUGCUGCCGCUCCACACUCCAGAGCGCUGCCCCUAAAUGUGGACCUGCAGUCCUCACGUUGAUUCUGUUUCACAGGCUCUUGAAUGUGGGUUCAUGCUGAUUGCUUCAGAAAACUCCAGCUCCAAACUCCAACUUUGCAUUCCUCAUUGUGUUUUAACCCAAUUUUUGAAAUGUAAGUUUGCUAAAUCAAUUUAACAUCUUCUUGAGUUAAAACUUGACAUUGGUGCAUUCCCACAAUAAUGAUUUCUGUAAUGAAUUCAUCUCAGAUUAGGUUUGUGGCUGAGCAGGUUAAUAUGUAUUUUCUUUGAAAAGAGCAAGAACUUACUUUUGUUUCCUCAUCAAAUGUUUGGUGACCCUGAUGUUAUAUAGACAGACUAUAUCUAAAAGGCUGUUUACUAUAAUUAACUUGGACAAGUAAUCUUAUGAAACUGCUUCUCACCCACGUUUUUGACUUUGUAGUGUCUUUUAUAAAUAUGUCCAAUUUGCUUUAAGUUCUCUCUCAUACUAGAUUAAUCAUUCCUGCUUCUGAAAAGAUUUUUGUUUCAUAUUUGGUAAUGAAGUCAUGUGUUUUACUUAAAUGACAUAUGUGCAGAAAGCUGUCUGUGAAUUCCAGAACAAAUCAUAAUUGCAUAGCUAGAGUUUAAUUUAAACAAAACUUUAUAGCUCCUGGUGCAGCUUUGAUUCACCCCUCAAAUGUUCUCACAAGUGAUUAAUUUAGAUAUCAAACAGUUAUGCACAGUGUAACACUAUUUGACUAUGGGAUCAUUUUGUAAAAAAUUGAAAGACCUGUCCCACUAAGCAAGUGGGGCUCAAAGCAUGAAAAAUAUCGGUCAUUAAAAGUUGACAAUACCCCCCACCAAAAAAAAGUCUGUUUUGGUUGAUUUCAGGCUUUAUUCUUCAACUUUCAAUGAAUAAAAUGCAAUCAGUGCUUUUCAUUAUUUUUUUGGCAUUGUCAUAUUCAAAUGUUUUUUAAGCCCCUCAUAUCACGUUUCACCAGUGUCACAAUGUUUGAUAUUAAUGAGCUGCAUAUUUAACCUGACAGUGUUUAUGGAUCCAAAAUGUUAGAUUACAUCAACCAAACAGGGAACCAGAUGAGUUUAUGAGAAUGCAUAAAAUUUGACAAAAAUGUAAUAUUCCAUUUUCAAUUUUGAGUGCUUGUGAUUACUUUUGAGUUGCUUGUGAAUUUUGCCUUUACAUGAAAUCACAAUCAGUAUUCCUGUCAAAUACCAUUCUCGGAAAAUCUAGCAGUCAUUCCACAAAUCCUGUUUAACUGCCUUCAUGCUUUAGUGAUUUGGUUGUAUGGUGUUCUAUCUGUGUUACUGCUGUGUGUUGACCAUGCCAUACUGCAAAAAUAAACUCUGGAUUCAUUCAUUUUUUCCCCACUUUUUUUCAUUUUCU